AUGAGCUAACUAACAAUUUUAACAAUCUUAGUAACCCUCAUUUUAGUUAUGGAUGUCUUUUUUGGAAAAUAUACAUAUGAAUUUAGUAAUAGCAUAACUAAGUUUUUAUAAAAUAAAUUUGAAUAUGGUUAAGAGUAAGGAACAUUUGGUAUCAAUAUAAUAUAUUUAUAGAAUACAUUUUGUUAAUAUUCUCAACUGCAGGGGAUGCUAUAGUUACAAAUAUCCUAGCCAUUUUAAUAUGGUUCAAAGCUACCAACAAAGAACAAGUCUUAAAGAUUUUUACAAUGAAUGCAUUAGCUUCAUCAUUAGGAAAUUUGGUUAAAAUGAUAUCUGCACAACCAAGACCUUUUUAUAUUGAUGAUUAAAUAAAAUUGGAUUUUUGCUAUACUGGAUAUGGAGAUCCGAGUGGUCAUUCUUUAAGACCAUUCGUAUUUUAUGUACUACUAUUAGAAACAAUAGUUUGUAAAAAAUAUUAACUUGAACAAAAAUAACUUAUAAAUGACAACUAAAUUUAUACAGAUAAUUAAUAUUAACUGACAUAGAUGCAAUAGUAAAUAUCAUGGUAAUAUCUAUUAUUUAUAUACUAGUAAUUAAAGAUUUAAGAUGUUAUAUCCAAAUUCACCAAUAAGUUUUAAGUAAUGUUAAUUUUUUUUGGGAAUAUUUAUAUUUUUAAUCGGGAUUGGUCGAUUAUAUUUUGGAGUUCAUUUUUUAAAUUAAAUUGUAUUGGGAUGGAUCUUAGGAAUAUAUCUAUUAUAUCUAUAUUAUUUCAGUGGAUUAGAAUAAUUGAUUCAUUCUCUAUUUAUAGAAGCUAAAAGAAUUAAAGAUGAAAAAACUUGCACUAAAAUUGUUAAGUAUCUUAAUUUAGGUAUAAUGCUAUCAUUAAUUUACUUGAUAACAUUGAUAAUUUGUUACUUUAGACAUUAUUCCUAAUAAAUAUUAGAUGAGAAAGAAGAAUGGAAGAAAUUGAUACUAAGAUAAGAUACUUGUCUACAUAAAGGACAUUAUAGUUACGAAAAGAAAUUCGAAACUUCAGAUGUUCAAUAUAUCUCAAUAAUCUUUUUCCCAUUAUAUCUAUUUAUUCUUUAUGAGCAACAACCUGAAGAAUCUAAUAGAAGUCCAUUAAAAUCUUGGCUAUCAAAAAGUAACAUUAUAAAAUUAAUAUCAUACUUAUUCUGUUAUAUAAUACAUGGUCAAUAGAGACACAUAAUCAAACUGUUUGAGAAAGGAGUUCCUCGUUUAAUGAUUACAUUAAUCUUUGAGCAUAUUUACUAUAUUAAUUAUGCUCUCUUUUUAUUAAUAUUGAUACCUUUUAUAAAAGCUCUAGGAAAUACAUUCAUUUAUAAAUUUAGAAAACCUACUAGAACUAUUUAAAUAGAAUAAUUUGAAAUUGAACUUUGA